CAGCGCGGGUGGUCUGUGGCUCAGGGCGGGCGCCCCGGGCUCCGCUCGGCUUCUCGAGUUCUCCCGGCUCCCGCCCAGGCGUCGGGGUUCUUCCCGCCCCGUCGGCAGCAUGUCGGGCGUGCGCGCUGUACGCAUCAGCAUCGAGUCGGCCUGCGAGAAGCAGGUGCAGGAGGUGGGCCUCGAUGGCACGGAGACGUACCUGCAGCCGCUGUCCAUGUCCCAGAACUUGGCGCGCCUGGCCCAGCGCAUCGACUUCAGCCAGGGCUCGGGCUCCGAGGAGGAGGAGGCGGCGGGGCCCGAGGGCGACGCGCCGGACUGGCCGGGCGCCGGCGCCGACCAGGACGACGAGGAAGGAUUAGUAAAAUUUCAACCUUCCUUAUGGCCUUGGGACUCAGUGAGGAACAAUCUGAGAAGUGCUCUGACAGAGAUGUGUGUGCUCUAUGAUGUCCUCAGUAUUGUUAGAGAUAAAAAGUUCAUGACUCUGGACCCAGUCUCUCAGGAUGCCAUCCCUCCAAAACAGAAUCCCCAGACACUGCAGCUGAUAUCUAAAAAGAAGUCACUUGCUGGAGCCGCACAGAUCCUCCUGAAGGGCGCAGAAAGACUGACGAAAUCCGUGACGGAAAACCAGGAGAGCAAGUUGCAAAGAGACUUCAACUCUGAACUCUUGAGAUUAAGGCAACACUGGAAACUUAGAAAAGUUGGAGAUAAAAUUCUUGGAGAUCUGAGCUACAGAAGUGCAGGAUCUCUUUUUCCACAUCAUGGUACAUUUGAAGUAAUAAAGAACACAGAUAUUGAUCUGGAUAAGAAGAUACCUGAAGACUACUGUCCCUUGGAUGUCCAAAUUCCUAGUGAUUUAGAGGGAUCUGCAUACAUCAAGGUUUCUAUUCAGAAGCAGGCUCCAGACAUAGGUGAUCUUGGCACAGUUAAUCUCUUCAAGCGACCUUUGCCCAAGUCCAAGCCAGGCUCCCCACACUGGCAGAUGAAGUUAGAAGCAGCACAGAACGUUCUCUUGUGCAAAGAAAUUUUUUCACAGCUCUCUCGGGAAGCUGUUCAAAUUAAAUCACAGAUACCUCACAUCGUGGUGAAAAACCAGAUUAUCUCUCAGCCCUUCCCAAGUUUACAGUUAUCUAUUUCAUUGUGCCAUUCCUCAAAUGAUAAGAAAUCCCAAAAAUCAGCUUCUGAGAAGCAAAGUGCAGAGGACCACCUCUAUGUUCUAGAGCAUAACUUGCACCUGCUGAUUAGAGAGUUUCAUAAACAGACCUUGAGUUCUGUCAUGAUGCCGCACCCAGCAAGUGCACCUUUUGGCCACAAGAGAAUGAGGCUUUCAGGUCCUCAAGCUUUUGAUAAAAAUGAAAUUAAUUCAUUACAGUCCAGUGAAGGGCUUCUGGAAAAAAUAAUUAAACAAGCAAAACAUAUUUUUCUGAGGAACAGAACAGCUGCAACCAUUGACAGCUUGUCAAGCCGCAUUGAGGAUCCCCAGAUACAGGCUCACUGGUCCAAUAUCAACGAUGUUUACGAAUCCAGUGUGAAGGUAUUGAUCACAUCACAGGGCUAUGAACAAAUAUGCAAGUCCAUUCAACUGCAAUUGAACGUGGGAGUUGAGCAGAUCCGAGUUGUGCACAGAGAUGGAAGAGUGAUCACACUGUCUCAUCAGGAGCAGGAGCUACAGGAUUUUCUUCUGUCUCAGAUGUCCCAGCACCAGGUGCAUGCAGUUCAGCAGCUGGCAAAGGUCAUGGGCUGGCAGGUCCUGAGCUUCAGCAACCAUGUGGGCCUGGGGCCAGUGGAGAGCAUUGGCAAUGCCUCCGCCAUCACUGUGGCCUCCCCCAGCGGGGACUACGCCAUCUCAGUUCGAAAUGGGCCUGAGAGUGGCAGCAAAGUCCUGGUGCAGUUUCCCCGGAUCCAGUGCAAAGAUCUUCCCAAAAGCGAUGUGCUGCAGGACAGCAAGUGGAGCCAUCUCCGCGGGCCCUUCAGAGAAGUUCAGUGGAACAAAAUGGAAGGUCGAAACUUUGUUUAUAAAAUGGAGCUGCUCAUGUCUGCACUCAGCCCUUGCCUGCUCUGAUUCUUCCGGAGAGUGGACUCGAGAUGUUUCGAGGACAAUUAUAAGCACAAGGAAGAAAGACCUUCUAAAGGAGCUUCUUCUUAAAGCAAUGUAAUAAACAUUUAUCUGUCAGUUUGAAACCUUUCACUUUGUAAGUGACAAGUACUUUAAAAUGUGGUACAGUUGUAGAUAAACAGUAUGGGAAAAUA